AUGCAUCGAAGCUAUCCUCCUUCUCCAAGACUCUCGUCUGCCAGAGCAAACGAUGAAUCUUCGCUGGAUGAUUACGAGGAAGCAUUCUUGGAUGUCGAAGAUGGUGAAGUGGAAUUUGUCAACGAGCACAUCUUAAGCCACUUCGAGUCCCCAUCUCAAGUCGUAAACAACGAAUCUCGGACGUCAUCUGUGGCCACACCUGAUUGGGAAGAUCCUGAAUCGUGGAUGGCCAACAGCGAGAGUUUUCCGAUCAGUACUCCAGGGAGCAGCAGUGGUGCGUCACCGCUUCUCACUGGAACCUCGAGUCAAGGGGUUUCACCAAAAGUCAACCCCAACUUUGAGGCAUUCCCAUUCAGCAUUCCUGAAGAUCCAAACCAAUCUUUGUCUUCCAUCAGUGACGUUCUCCAAGUCGAAAAAGACUUCAUGGAAUAUGUCAUGUCUUUUCCGUUGGGAACAAGUCCUACCGUCCCAUCUCAUUUGUUGCCAGCUCGAAAGCCUCAAAACGACUCUAACAAUCCCAAAGUAGGAUUGGAUCACUUGGACAAUCUUUGCAAGUUGAUGGAACAGCUUAGUGACUUGAAAGAAGCAAAUAUCAAACUCAAGCGAAGAGUUCAGUACUUGGAGGACAUUAAAACUUUGCAUGAAAUACAUAAAGAAAUGGUUGGCGAGAACAAAAUUUAUAGCUCUGGUUUGAGUGAAGAAGAGGUUUUACAACUGAAAGAAAAGUACAAUGAAGCUGGAGAAGAUCUUGAAGUUUCUGAUGGAGAUCAUCUAGUGAACAUUUCUUAAAACUUUUUAUAGGGUCUCUAUAGAAGCAAAACUACGAACCAGAUUGGGUCAAGUGGAGAUUACAAAAGUCAUAAGAGUCGCAGUGCUACUGUAAAUAAAGAACGACGAGAAAGAAGUAAAUCGGUUGGGCAUCCGGGUUCUCAUCCAAAAUCAAAAAAACGUCCGUCGCGUUGGUCUAAAGUAAAAGAAGUCUUAGGCAUUGAGAAAGCGGAAGAAUUCUCCCCCACGGGUGAAACUGAAAAGUCUGAUAGCCAUGGAAAUGACGAUCAGAAAGAGCAAGAAAGACUAAAUCGUAAGGAUAGUGAACGUUCUAAAGGAUUCAAGUUGUCUUCGUCAAGGUCACAUUCGAAUGUUCUGUCAUCUCGUAGUUUUUCUGAAGCGGAAAGACAAAGUACAACACCCAUUGUAGUGAAAAAAUCAGGGACCCUUGAUCUUAAAACAGCGCAGUCCGGACUAGAGCGAUACGAGAAAGAAGAAAUUGGUGCCAAAAAGUCCCCCAAAACCCCUUGGGGUAAAAUGAAGACGAUGAUUCAGAUCCGUAGGGACCAUCGUCAUAACCAAAAAAGUGAAAGCAGUAGCAGUUCGCCAAGGGACGCGAAAGCUGCCAAGUCACCAUGUAUAUCAUCAGAAGCUACCUCAAAACGUAAGAAAUCCAAACCUCGCCCACCACCGUUGGAUUACGUAGGAGACCAACAAGAUGCCAUUCCCUACGGAGACGACGCAGAUCGUGUUCUUGCUGGAGUGUCGCCUCAAACUCAGCGCAAGUGGAUGUGGACCAAAGUCAAAGAUGUCCUCAAAGGCAAAAAAGAAGACGAUGGUGGUCUCCUUUCCAUGUCUGCACCAUCAAGUCCAGGUUCACCAGCAGCUUGUCUUGCUUUUGAUUUUGAUGAAGAAAAAGCUAAAACAGAAGAAGUGGUUCAAAAUGAUUACGCUCCCAACCAUCCUGCUAUGUUGCCCUGUACACCAUCAGCCACUGUAUCGGACUUGUUGCGAGAACUACAGCAAAAUCUCAGUGAGGAUUUCAACAAAAAGCUGGAGGAAUGGCAACGUUGCAGGGCAGAAGCCAUCAACAAAGGAGUGACUCUCAACCCAGAAGUAGAACGAAAAGAUUCGUUCGGUAGGAUAAGGAAAAUUAGCAAAACAGAUAAGAAAAUGCCCACGGCGGAGAAAAUGUCCAAAAGUACCUACCACAUUCCAAAAAAGGACCUGAGCUGGCUUGAAAAGGAGCAGCAAAAAGUUGAUCGAGAAAUCAUCCGCCUUACAAAAGAAAAGGAAAAGUUUGAAAAACGAGCUUCCCGCCUGAAGCAACUCAGAGAAUCAAUGACGGAUGGGGAUGGCCAGAAGAAAGACGUUCUUGUCAAGACGUCGGCAGGAGAAUUUCGCUUUGAAGGAAUCUCGGAUGCCUUCACCAAGAAACUGUACGAGUGGGAGACGAAGAAGGGUGUGAACCCGGAAUUAUCCACCAUUGCCCUCUUGGAUGAAUCAUUGAAACCUCCCAUAGAAACUGCUGUCUCAACUUCUUCUGUUGGUUCCAAUUCAAUCAGACCGUCCCCAGAACCAGCUAAAAAUUGUUACCAAGUUUCCAGAGCAAGCUCGGAACCAGAUUUGUCAUUCACUUUGAAGGAAAAUAACUCUAACAAUCAAGCAAUUAGAUCAAAAUCUGGAGAUACGCUACUAUCUGGAGACAAAGAAAGUGCAAAUGCUUUAGCAGAAGACAACUGCAAUUCUAAGCAAAAUUCGCGAGAUACCAUUCCUCAUGCAGAUGACAACUAUUACUCUCUUUUGGAGGAGAAUAUGUACUUGCUGGAUCAAUUGAAAGAAAAGGAAGAGAUGUGCUUCAACCUGCAAAACGAUUUGGACAGAUUGGAUGACAGAACGGAGAAAAAUAACCGGACGCAUCAAGAAGAAAUGGAGAAAUACAGACAGAAGCUCUGGGAAAUCCACAUGUCUCGUCCAAGAGACUUGCAAGGAUCUCUUCACUUAAUUUCAGAGCUCAAGUCAAGGAUAGAGGAACUGCAAAAGUGCAGUGACGAGCUAAAAUCGGAUCGAGAAAGAUUAGAGGAGAGUUUCAGAUACCAUAGCAACCAACAGGCAAGAUUGACUGAUGAUUUAAUUCGCAAAGUUCGAGAGCUACAAGACUCGGGGAUGCCUUCGAACUUUACUCGAGGCAAUCAUCGUAGAAAGUGGCGAAAAUUCCUGAAAUGUGACCCGGGUAGUAUUUCCAGAAUCCAUGAUUUGUCCACAACCCUUUUACAACAGGCACGUGAUGUGGAACAAACUCUGAUGGAGAGGACUCGUCAAGUUUGUCACCUAAGGUGGGAGUUACUUCAUCGGGACAUGUCCGCGGUGUUGCUGCAGGCGGCUCUACACCGCGUCACCAGUCAAGGUGAACCCGUCACCAUUCUGCCUACCUGGGACAAACGAAGGACACGGUUCAAGAACCUCAAAGCCUGGUCAGUGGACACAACAACUCGGAGACCAUCUCAGGAUUUAGUCACUGACGAUUGGCUUCAAGAACGAUUACGUCAACUGUCCAUGACACCUUAUAACGAGUGGACUAACAUCGACUUUUCUCCGAAUGAUCUCAUCACUACUGCGCAUGAUCUCAAAAGGGAAACUCUUCGUUUAUCCAUAUCCCGUCCAGAUCCUGUUUCCGAUUCCGAAGAAAAAAAAUCUGCUACUUACUCUGCAGAUUCGGAGGUGGCCGAUAGUGACCGGUAUUAUGACACAGGCUCAGCCGUCAACAGUCGCUCGUCUUCAUUUUCAAGUGGAGGGUGUGGUGGCCUGCGUGGGUCACAUUCGGAUACACGAUUGUAUGAGCGGGGUCGCUCUUCGGGCAGAUUCUUCCGCCGCAACUCCUCCAGUAGCAUGAGCUGUGUGGAAGCCAGUGAUAGCUCGAGCAUGCAGGACAGUGAGCACCAGCAGUGUCUAGUGCGAAGAUUUCCGUUCAGGCAGCAAUGGAGAUCGCUGGAUAAUGUCUCGUCGUCCUGUAGUUCCAGAAGUUCUGUAUUGGACGAAGAUGUUGGCAAAGUUCACUGGAGAUCAUCAAAACCAGGUGGCCGUGCUCAGCAGCGAACAAUCGACGAAGAUCCACAUACGCUUCAGCAAAAAUACGGCAGUUUUAAAGAGGCUGAUGAAGAAAGUGAAGAGUCCAGGGCGAAAUCUUUAACAGACUGGGGCAGCCAGUGUCUGAUUACUCCAAGGCCUAUGCAUCUCAGUCGAAUUUCCGACACUGAUUCAGAAAAGAACUCUCGCCCUUCCUCACUUCGGUUUGGGAAACUAAAAAGUGUAGAGUAUCAUCCUUUGCAAGCCAGCACCUCCUUCCAAGGAUCAAAGAGUCAAUCCCUCUAUGCUCAGUUUAAUUCCACGAUUAACUCGAAGCAACUGGAAACCAACCACGAGAGCGGACAGGAUGACGAUAACCAUGGUGACCAUAAUGUUUCCUAUAAAAGUGCAACUGAUGGUAGCAUAGAAUCUUUGGAUAAAUACGAAACUGCCAUAAGGGACGAGGAAUUGACGUUUAGUGAUGAGAAAUACGCAACCCAAUGUUCCACCGACAGGUAUGAAACUUUUUCGGUCUAUGAGGACGAGCAAAAGCAAACUGCAACUUCUUGUCAACAACUUUCAAGCACAGAAGAAUCAUUAUCUUUCUUUGACCGAGGUGUGAAUUUCAGCAGCAAAGAUAACCAAACUUUAGCACGCAGUUCUAUAUCAGAAUGCAAUAUACCACCCACCCCUGGUUCACCAGACAUCAGAAAAUUCAAAUACAAAGGGACUAAGGGAUUCGGUCGAUCUCGGUUGGGUUACGGUCAAGUAGCGGAGAGUGAAAAUUUGACUUUCAAAUCUAUUCAAGGUUUCAGCAGUUAUAGAAGUUCAGAAGAUACAUCUAGGCUGGACUCUUAACCAUGUACAGUUUUUUAAAAGGCUUGAAAAGCCCGCAUUUGUAUGUAAAUCUUGCUUUAAAUAUAUUUUUCACAUUGUAAAAUGACUAGUCAUCUAAUUAAAAUUUUUCAUAGUUUUAAAAAGCAUCAAAACAUGUUAAAUGGAUUCUAAGAAAAGUAAACCCACGAUCAAGGUUUGUGUGAGUAUGCUGGUAA